CUUUGUAUAUUUUAGUGGGAAGACGCCAAAAGAGCCAACCCAUGUUCUUGAGGAUCGAGCUUGCUGCUAAGGAAUCAGGAGACAGUUUUUUCUUCUUUCUCUCUCUCCUGCUCAUUUUCUUCUUUCUUGUACAUGGGAAAGUGGAUGCAACUGAAUUUCUUGUAGAUUCUGGGAACUCUGUUAGUGGGAGAGGAGCAGAGUAUGGGAAAGAGAGUGUGAAGAGCAAAGAAGGAAAUAGUGGGUCAGUCGAAAGUUUUCUCCAUGAGGAUUAUGUCUACACCAAUUCUGUUCCUUAGAUAUUUUGCUCUUUCCUUUGGUGUAACUUUACAGUUUCAAUCCAUCAUAUUAUGAAUCUUGGCUGUUAAAAGGGAAUUGUAGAGUUUUUUUUUUUUUUCAAUUCAUCAGAUUAUACAUGUUCGCUGUUAGAAGGCAUUUGAAGAGUUGUUGUUUUGUUUUGUUUUUUUUUUUUUUUUUUUCUCAAUUCAUCAGAUUAUACAUGUUAGCUGUUGGAAGGCAUUUGUAGAGUUGUUGUUUUGUUUUGUUUUUUGUUUUUUGUUUUUUUUUUCCCUUUACAUUUCCAAUGAAUCCUGUUCUGGAAC